AUGGCAGACAUCGCAGACAGGCCCGUCAGCCCGCUCUACGAGGCAAUCCGCGACAUCAUGGCCGGCACCUGGCCCGAAGACGAGUACGACGUCGCCGAUUCACCUCUCGGUCACGCUGACUUCAAGUCCCAAGUCUCUCUCACCGGCGAGGUCGAGGUAUCGCCCGUGGUGCGCAACAGCACCAGCACAGGCGGAGCAACAGACACGGAUUUCGAGAGCCUCAAGUCGGACGACGAGUCCGAGUCCGAGUGGGAGGCCGAGGGGGACGACACAAUAAGCACGGAUAUCGACGUGGAGCCGAAGAAUAAUAGUGCAGCGGCUGCGGAGAGGAGGCGCUCGAUUGCGGAGGACGGGUCGGGGGCGGAUAUUGCGGCGAGGAUCGAUGAGGUCUUGGAGGAUGAGGUUAAGAUACGGCCGAGGAGGAACACAAUCGCGGAUGAGUUCGCGGAGGGGUUCAGGCUGGAGAUUGCGGAGGAGCUGAAUAACUUGGUGCAGGAAGAGCCCGAGCUUGAAGCUGCUGCUGCUGCCGCUGCUACGACCGGGGGGAACACAGGUUGCAACGCCGACAUCCUCCCGCCGGCACCCGAAGCAGACAUCGCGGCGGCAGAACACACGGCACUCACCGCCGAUAAACCCGCGCCCCCAGCAGCUCUCGAGUCGGAGAGGCAUCUCCCACGGCUCACCAUCCCGCCUCCUCCCGCGCCCGCCGCGCCAAUCCAGGAGCAGCAACAAACCCCGCCGCCCAUCCCCUCGCGGAGCCCCUCACGGCCCAACACCGCGCUGGCGGGCUACACUAUCUUCCCCGCGCCGUCCGCUAGCACGGCCAGCCUCCACCCACUGAAACCCACAGUGUCGGCGUUGUCGUCGUCGCGGAGCUCGCGGUUCUUUGAGGAGCUGGAUACGGCGGCGGCGACAAGUAUGGAGGAAGCAUCGUCGACGCAGAGGUUGGAGAGCGGGGCGAGGUACGAGGAGUUGAAGGCGGCGACGCCUCCGGUACAGGCGGGAAAAUUGAGGAAGAAGAGAAGGGCGAGCUUUUCGUGUGGGCUGAGGCUGUGGGGGAAAGGAAAGGAGAAGAAGCCAGCAGCCUCAGGGAACAAUAAUGCGAGGCCGGCCACCGGUAAAACGAGUUUGGGAGAGAAACGAUAA